AUGUCUAAGGGAGCCACUCGGAGGAGGCAAAGCAGGCGGGUUCUCAACUUCUCCUCGUUGCUGAUCAGCGCCAAGCGGGAUCGCUGGAAACCGGCGGCGGCUGCUGCUGCUGCUGCUGCCGCCGCCGCCGCCGCUGCCGGGCUUGACCAAACAGGAGCGUUCCCAUGGCAAGGCUGCGGCCGGGGAUUUGACUCCGUUCCCUUGAAGCCACUUGACCUCGCCGCCGCCGCCGCCGCGCCUCCCCACUCAGCGAUGUAUCAUUCCCUGCUCUCCGCCUGCACUUGCCUAUGUUUACAUUUCCUGCUGCUGUGCAUCCAGGUACAGAUGUUUGUCGCCGAAGAAAAUGUGGAUUUUCGGAUACACGUGGAAAACCAAACACGCGCACGAGAUGAUGUAAGCCGGAAGCAGCUCCGACUCUAUCAGCUGUACAGUAGAACGAGUGGGAAACAUAUCCAAGUGCUAGGGAGACGGAUCAGUGCCAAAGGAGAAGACGGAGACAAAUAUGCCCAGCUUCUAGUGGAAACAGACACAUUUGGCAGUCAAGUCCGGAUCAAAGGGAAAGAGACAGACUUUUACCUUUGCAUGAAUAGGAAAGGAAAGCUAGUAGGGAAGCCGGAUGGCACCAGCAAAGAGUGUGUCUUCAUCGAGAAAGUCUUAGAGAACAACUACACAGCGCUUAUGUCAGCAAAGUACUCAGGCUGGUACGUUGGCUUCACCAAAAAAGGCAGGCCUCGGAAAGGGCCCAAGACACGGGAGAACCAGCAAGAUGUUCAUUUUAUGAAAAGGUACCCAAAGGGUCAAGUGGACUUACAGAAACCUUUCAAGUAUACGACAGUGACCAAGAGGACUAGGAGAAUACGACCCACCAAUCCUAGUUAA